CAAAGGGGUCGCGUCCUCUGGUCUAGCAGUGCUCUAUAGACACUGCUGCUCUCCUGCUUUUGAUAGUCCUAGGGAAAACAGAAUGAUCGGCCUCCUCUCUAUCCGCUUCAUUGGCCUGUUCAUUGCCCUUGCUGCACUCAUUGGUGUCUUCCACCUCGGAGCGCGCAGCAAUGGUGUCAUCUCUGGCUAUACCUACCUGAGUCCAGGCAAGGUCGAUUGGCAGGCUGAGCAGGUUGCCUCUGGUGACAAGCCUCAUGAGAAGCCACUGUCGGAAAUUCACUUGGAUCAAGUCGUCACGUCCGGUGGGAACACAGAUGCCGUGCUAUACGUGCAUUACGAUGGCGACCCAAUAGGUGUUCGGAAUUUGCAGUUCUUCUUGGACCAUGCGUUGCACAGCAAGGCGGACUUCUACUUCAUCAUCAAUGGGUAUGAAUUGACGGCGACUAUUCCCGAAGCAGACAAUAUCUUUGUCAUUAAGCGGGAAAAUAGUUGCUACGACUUGGGUUCGUUUGGUGUGGUGUUACAAGCAAAUGACGGCGCUCUUCUCAAAAAGUACAAGCGCUUCUUGAUGACCAACUCGUCUGUACGAGGCCCUUUUUUCCCGAACUGGGCUCGCGCGAAUAAGGAAGCCUGCUGGACCAACAAGUUCUUUGGUCCUCUUAGCGACCGCGUUAAGUUAGUGGGCCUCACUGCCAAUUGUCAGGCAGAUAUUGGACCGAAACAUCUGCAGUCCUUUGCCUUGGCAACAGACAGACUUGGUAUGGACUUCAUCCUGCCUGCUCUGCAAUGCUUCAGCGACCGCAAAGAUGCCAUCAAUAAGGGAGAGUUGGCCAUCACGAGCUUGGUGAAAGAUGCAGGCUACGAAGCACUGCCGCUGUACGCACGCUACCAGGAAGUCGAGAACACGAACCAAGAGUUCUGGGCGCAAUGUACACAUACAGAUGUCCAAUUGCCCGCGAACUAUGCGGGUAUGGACGCUCACCCAUUUGACUUGAUGUUUACCAAGAUUUCACGGAUUGUGAUCGAGGGUAAGAUUGACCCGUUCUCGCCACUCGGCAUGGUUGCGCUGAAUCGGCUGACUGAGUGGGCAGACGCGAGCAAGUUUUCGAGCUACGAGCAGUGUGGCUAGAUCCAAACUGUCCUUUCUGUAUCACUAGUAGUCUUUCUCCUGUAUGUAGAACUUUCUCCUU